UGCAUUAGACAGGUUGUUCUCUGGUUGUUUUGGACCAGAUGUCACAGAUGUUAUGCGUUGAAUUUUAGAGUGAAGGCGUAAUUUGCUUCCAUCAAAUUGUUACUAAUGUAUUAUUGGAAGAAUGGCGUCAGAUUUAACGUUAGACUUCGAAGAUCAUCUAGAUCAUCAGGAUACAACAAUGAGUAACGUUGUUUCGGGGAACAUAUGCAUUGACCAGGAUGGUGAAUGGGACAUCAGCCUGUUUGAUGAGCUGGAGGGCCUUGGGGAUGCGGAUGAGCUCCUGAGAGCUCUAGAGGGGGUUGCCUAUGCCGGCGAGGUCCCUGAUUUGGACUUUGACAUGGACCUGCCUCGCUGGGGUCCAGACACCAGUGGAGAUGCCAGCAGCACCUGCACAGAUGGUGACGUGACUGCGGCUUCGUUCUCUCCAGCGCACACCGUCAGCUCCGUGCCCUCCCCCACGUCCUUGGAGGCCCACUCGCCCAACUCCUUCUCGGACGAAGCUCUCUCUCCCCAGCCUCAGGCGUCACCGCUCUCUGUCUGCUCAGACUCCAGUGGCUUCUCAGAGCUGCCCCCUGAAAGACCACCACCCAAGAGGACCAAUCCGACUCCCAGAGCCAAGCCAGUGAAGAGGCCCAUUCAGCCGAGCCCUAAGGUGUCCAUCCAGCCCCGGCCUGUGAUCACAGCUGUGCCCCUGCCCACAGCCGCCGCUGCCUCCCUGCAGGCCAAAACCAUCAUCCUGCAGCCCCUACAGUCCCUCCAGUCUCUGCAGCCUGUGCUGCCUUUGGUCAAGCCUGCCAGGGUCACCAUUCAACCAGCUCCCCCUGCAGCUCGUCCUAUGAUAUUGCCCCAGCCCACUCAGGUGCUCCACAUCCAAACAGCGCAGACCGUCCCGACCAGAGUGGUUACCAUGCCAACGCUGGCUCUGGACCCACGCAUACCUGCUGCAGCCCCACCUGUGGUCACCAUGACGCUCCAGAGUCCAGCCUCCGUCCAAAGCUCUACCCACAGCUCUGAUGACGACUCGAAUGCAUCACGCCGGCAGAUGCGCAUGAUCAAGAACCGCGAGUCGGCGUCGCUCUCGCGCAAGAAGAAGAAGGAGUACCUGCUGACGCUGGAGGCCCGCCUGAAGAUGGCGCUGUCCGAGAACGCCCAGCUCAAGAACGAGAACGGCACCCUCAAGCAGCAGCUGAACGGCCUCAUGAGCGAGAACACUGUUUUGAAAGCCACUGCUCCCAAGAGGCGGGCUGUGUGUCUCAUGGUGCUUGCGGUCUUCCUGGUUUUCAACAUGGGACCAAUGAGUCUGUACACAGACUCUGAUGGUUCUAAAGUUCCAGCAAGCAGAGUGCACACCGGAAGACAUCUGCUGGAAUUGCCGGAUCCACACACACCUGAGGAAGUGCUGGUGUCCAGCAGUGUGGAGGAGUCUGUGGCGGAGGAGAAGGCUCUGAUGGUGGUGAGGAAGAGCCCGCUGGUGUUCGGCACCCCGCCCCCCUGCCAGCCACCCGUCAACAGGACGAAGUGCAUCAAGCUGGCUCAUGAGCUGAGAGGCUGGGUGCACAGGCACGAGGUGGAGCAAACCAAGAGCAGACGGCAGAGUAACACACAGACCAAGAGCAGAACCAUCCUGAAGGAGAGUGGGAAUAAGGAUGAGGUGACCCAGAUUCUGCCCGUCCAGUACACAGACUCAGCAGAGAGAAGUUCAGGUAAUGAGCUGCAGGUGUAUUAUGCCCCGCACCGCACCUACAACGACUUCUUUGAUGAGAUCAACCGAAGGGGAGACACCUUCUACGUGGUAUCUUUCCGCCGGGAUCAUCUGCUGCUUCCUGCCACCAGCCACAACAAAGGAAGACGGCCCAAGAUGUCUGUGUUGCUGCCAGCCAUGAACAUCAAUGAUAGUGUCAUUAAAGACAAGGAGUUUGAGGUGAUGAUGCAGAUCGACUGUGAAGUGAUGGACACCCGCAUCCUGCACGUCAAGACCUCCAGUAUCCCACCGUUCCUGCGCGCCAAUCAGACCCACAACGACACGGUCUACCACCCCAGCCCUGCCGGCGCCCAGGCCCCCCCCACCGUCAGCGUGCUGGUUGGCUCCGCAUAGCCUCCCGCCAUGCCAGCCAGCUGAUCAACUACUGUGAUCAAGUCGACAGACAAUUCAAAAUAUAAUAAUAAUAUUAUUUUUGUUUUCCAAAUAAAUCCAUGAAGAAUAUCAUGUAUAUAUUUUUCUCCCCUUACGCUGUAGCCAGGAUAUGCAAUAUGCAAUCUCAGUGCAACUGACCUUUUCUUUAUGACUUUGGGUGUUUAUUUUUAUUUUUUUGGUGUUGGACCCUCUUGAUUAUGUUUGUUAUUUGUUACUUGGUUGCUUGUCAGGGAAUCAGGGUUGGGAUGGGAUUGGAGUGAAGGUGGUUGUGGUAGCGGUCUCCCCCCAGGAGGUUCGGGGCUUAAGGCGGCCCCAGACAUGUCCCUCCUGUCCUCCACCACCCCCACCCACCCAUCACCUUUCGUCAGUUUGCAUUUCCCUCACCGGUGUCGGGGUGGGAGGUGUUGGUAGGGGGUUGGGGGUAGAGGGUGUCCCAUACCAGGAGUCUGGGGGGCCGCAGUGAAGCCAUACACCCUCCUCCUCCUCCUUCUCCUCCACCAGCAGGGUAAUUGGUGAGUGACAGCAGGAGGUGUGGAGUGAACCCUGACUCACCCCUCGCUCAUAGCUUGCAUACCUCCAGUCCUGCUGUUGACGUGUGGCCAUUUUAGAUUUUAGAAGUAUGGGCGAGUUCCAGACAAUGAGUUUAGGCCAACAGUGCAUCAGCCCUAUCACCACUAGAAAGCAGCAGCGUUGGGUUGUGGCUGUGGGUAUCCAAGUGUCCCUGGUGACGAGGGUGAUGCACGCCUGUGGGCCAUCAACACAUCACAGUGGGGGUCUCCUAAUUCUGCUCUUGGUCUCAGGUAAAUGUAUCUGAACUCUUACCAUUCUGUCAGGGAUGGUUCAAGCCACUUUGUUUUUUCGAGUUGCUGUAUUGUUUUGUGUGUGUGCUUGUUUUACUCGUUUUGAUUGUUACACGGUGCGUUUAUUAUAGACUAUAUUUUGUUGUUGGUUUGCACUGGGUUCGCUUUGACAGACAGGAUGUCUUUUGAAGAAAAAAAUAUAAUUUAUGAAGUUGUAUUAACAUCUUAAGGGACUGCCCACAAUAGCUCUGUUUAUUAGUCGAGAAGAAAAUAAGCUCUGCUUCAAUUAAAUAUAUUUCUAUUCUGAA